GCGAAGUGGCAAAGGGGCCCGAGUCUGCUCCAAAGCAAACUCUCUUGUCCUGCCAUUUCCCAUGCACAGCCACCAAGGACCUUAAGAGAAAAGCUUCUUUCGGACCGAUUAUCACUUGCUUUUAGCUAAAGCAUGGAAAUCUCUACUCUCACAAUGUACCAUUGCCUUGCUUUAGUCUGGUAUUUUUUUGUCAUCUAUUCAAUCACAUGUGUAAGAACAGAAGAACGGCCAUCUGAAGUGUUCCUUUAUGGUGGCCAGUGGAAAUAUUUGACAGUCCUCAAUCUGGUUUUGCAGGCUGUCUUCUAUGGGGUGUCCUUCCUGGCUGAUGUGUUGAGACUAAUUAAGAAACUGCGAUGUGCUAAGUGCAUAAUUUCCAGCAGAGACCUUCUUUUCAGUGUCCUGGCUUUCCCAGUGUCCACAUUUGUGUCUAUAUCCUUUUGGACACUGUAUACCUACAACCGAGAGCUAGUUUACCCCAAAAGCCUUGAUGGAGUCAUUCCGCUCUGGUUAAAUCACGCUAUGCACACGGCAAUAUUGCCAGUUGCUCUCCUGGAAAUCCUUGCCACACCACAUCACUACCCAGCAAAGAAGAAGGGACUGAUCCUAUUAGGAUGUACUGCUUUUCUUUAUAUCAGUUGGGUCCUGUGGAUCUAUUUUGUAACGGGAGAGUGGGUAUACCCUCUCUUUGCUUCCUUCAGCCCAGCUGGGCUAGGAGCCUUUUUCAUCAGUAACCUUGCCAUCAUCGUCUGUUUCUACAACUUUGGAGAGUUUCUCAACCGUAUGAUAUGGGGAGAUUCAAUAGUAAUACUGGACUACAAGCAGAAAGGCAAGUGAAUGCUCCUUUUCAAGCCAAUCUCUCCAUGAAUGCUGAAGCCAUGAAGUAGAGGAAAAUA